CUCUCAGAAAAUAAGUUAGUACACGUUAAACACUACAUACCUACACACACAAUGGAACAUAAAGUGGAAUUUCCUUUGGAAUCAGCAGAGGAACACAAGAAGUGCUGCAGAUUGAUGGCCAAACCCGCUUCUUAUAUGGAAAAUGAGGAACCCCAUCUUACACCUGCCUUAAAGGAACACUACGAAACGGAGGCGAAAGUACUGUGCCUCCUGGUGAACCUGGAAACCCGCUUCCGGGACUACUACAACCAGUACCAGUGCGAAAUGCAGGCCCAGAGCAUACUGAUCGAACGCAUUUGGCUGCUCACCCAGCGUUACCUAAUUCUGAUCAGCUCCGAACAGAGCUGUCGAUUUCCCGAGGUCUAUACUCUGUCAACCGAAGAGGCGAUCAUCAACGAGUACGAGGAGAAACUGGAAGUGGUGCGGGCCUCUAAUAACACAUUGAAAAAGUCCCUGUUGGAGAUCAGCCAGCACUGCAAGGAGUUCUACGCAGCCUACGAUCGACUGGACAAGACCCAGGAAACGCCGUUCAUCUUGGGGGACAAGUUCCACCAAGGGAUCAAGCGCCACAAGAUCAUGGCCGUCGAAAUAUUCAACUACUUGUACGCAUUGGUCCUGAAACUCAAGUGCUUCAUGCACCAGCUGGAUCCCGUGAAUCUGGAGAGUGUGGAGGAGUACCGGGACCUGCUGCAAAACGAGGCCCAGAUGGAGGAGUUCGAGGAGUAUCUGAAGGUGCGGUUCACCUACUGCAAUUGCCUCCGACCAAUGAAAACUUGCCCCAUAUUCAAGCUGAAGUGUUCCCACAAAAAUCUAUUAAAUUUGAAGUAUGUCAGUCGAAUCUAAUCUAAUUGACAAUAAAUGGAAGCCCUCCAAAACAGAA